GUUAUGGACUCAAAAACUAGCAAGAAAGCAAACAAGAAGAAGGCAGUCAAAGAGGAGCAAGCCCAAGGAGAUGCUGCUGAGACAACUCAAGAAGAAGAAAAAUAUGUAAAGAUCGAUAAGAAGACACAGAAAGAAAAGAACCUCAAAUUAUACAACAAGUUCUUAAAAAGAAGUCAGAAGAAGAUUGUUUUCGAUACCCAACUCAUCAAAAAUGCAGCAAAGGUUAUUAAGCAGUAUGCCAAACAUCAAAAAGAGAAGAAUGCAUUGGAUUUAUUGGGAAAUGAAGACAAAUUCAUCACUGUGAAUAUCCUCUUGAGUGAGGUCCCAACUCAAUACUCUCCAAAGCCACUAAGAAUCCCAAUUCCACAUCCAAUUUAUGGAGCUAAAUAUGAUACAAGAGCAUGUUUGUUCAUUAAAGACCCUGAAAGAGAAUUCCUGGAUAAAAUAGAGGACAUGGAUGUCCCUUGCUUAGCUAAAUGCAUUCCUUACAAGACCUUGAAAAAGGAAUUCGAGAGAUACCAUGACAAGAAAGAUUUGAUCAAUGAGUAUGACCUCUUCUUCUCAGACAUCACACUCUACAAGAUGCUUCCUAAGCCAUUAGGAAAAAUCUUUUACGUUCAGAAGAAGUUCCCUCAUCCUGCUAAUCUCCACAAGCUUGAAGGGGCUGAAUUGGAGACCUCCAUCAAUGACCUGUUCAAUCAGACCUACUUCCAUAUCAGAAAUGGGCCAAACUAUACUUUGAGGGUAGCCAGAACUUCCAUGAAAACAAAGGAAAUCGCUGAAAAUGUUAUCAGCGCUGUUCAUCAUGCUCUUCCUUACAUCAUGAUGCAUGAUGGAAUCAAACAAAAUAGAGUUCAGAGCAUCAGCCUUAGACUUGGAGAUUCCUUCGACGUCCCAAUCUUCAAUCAACUCCUGAACACCGAGAUUGCAAGCUACUUGCUCCUCAAGCAACAAGAAGAUGAGAACGGAGAGUUGCCAAAGGAAGAGGAAGAGGAAGCUGAAGAAGAGGCAGCCAGCAGUGAUUCAGACUAAGACUUUUCCUAAAAACCCAUCCAAUAUUAAA